UUAUGAUUGUGUAACGCAAUAGACGAGUAGUCGCCCACACUGCAAUCUAUUUAGGAGUGAUGUGAAUUAUAUUCUUAUUUUAGAAAUAAUUAUUAACAGAAUAGUUCAAUAACAUGAAAAUUAACUGGAUUUUAAACAGGAUGUAACAGUGCUUGUACAUGAUGAAGAAGUGUUCCAACCCGGUGUGUGGGUUGGAGGGGGAGUGGAAGUUGUGUCAAGAAUGUGGAGACAAAAUGAUUGAUCCUCCUACGAAACCUAUCUUGUCAUCAAUCGUCAUCAUUUGUGAUGGAGAGGAUGAAAGCGGCUCUCCUUGUGGGGAGGAACUGAAAUCAACACAGAAGUUCUGCAGCAGUUGUGGAAAACAGGUUGAUAUCAAGUUGUUUGAAGUCCAAACACCUGAUAUAGAGAGAUGUGGGGGCUGUGGAGCUGUGUGUACACCAGGCAAAAAAUUCUGCCCUGAGUGUGGAUUCAAGGUCAAACCAAUGGCAAAGCAAGCUACUGAUACUCCACCAUCUCUAGAAAAUCAGGCAAGUGUUGUUGACAAGUCUGACCCUGUCUCUAUGGCAACAACUGGUGCUGGGGAAAGUCAAAAAUAUGUUCAACAUGAUCAAAUAGCCUCUAAUCAAUCACCACCUUCCAACCCACAACAGGCAGAAGGAUCAGAUUUAUAUGUUGAAGUUCAAGAGUCAGCUACUGGGGUUGAACAUUUAGAUGUCAAAGAUCCAGAUCCAAAAGACACAUUACAAGAUAAUACUAGGUCAAGAGAGAAGCAGCAAGAGCCAGAUACAGAUAAACCAAGUGCAGCAGAUGUUCAACAAGGUGAAGCGUCACGUCCCGAACCAAUGGAGGAACAUUCCAAACCCAGUAAACUAACAGAGGAAGAAGACACAAAGACUAAUAAACCAGAAGCUAAAGAAAGUCAGAGUCGAGAACAGGUUAAUUUGGUCGGUUCAGAAACAACUCACAAUAUUGAACAUGAUGCAAUGGACACAUCUGAUCUUCCAAGGAACAAUAAAUUAUGUGUUGUCAACAUGGAUGAUGGAAACGAUGAAAGAAAACAGGAAACACUAAUGCAAGUUGAUCCUUGUAGAAAUAUAGAUGACGCAAAUGCAACAGCUAACAUAAAUAAUAAUAACUAUGUGUCAUCAGAUGUUUCCCAAGGGGGAGAUUCGGUACAACACUCACUUAUUUUCGAAGAAAAUGGUUCAGCUGAAGUUGGGCAUGAAAAAGCAGGAAAUGCUACAACUGAAAGUCAGUUGGAAAAGUCUAUAAAGGAUAUAAACAUUACUAAUGAUGAAACAACGAACAAGGCUUCAAAUGGUGAAACAUUAAAAAACGAUUUAUCAGAUAAGGAUGGAAAUGGCUCUGAAGAUGACUCUGCUGAUUCAGACAGUAGUGAAUCAGAGGUUAAUGAUGAUGACAAAGAAGAGACGAAAUAUGGUGGAAAGAGAUCUAAAAGAACCAUAAGGGAGGGACUAAAGCAAAAAAGGCUAAAAAGAGGGAAAGGAAGAAAGAAAAACAGAGAGAAAAGCAACAGAGUUUGCAUUCUGAUCCCAAGGAAGAAGAUGAUAAAUCUGAAAGCAUAA